AUGUCACUCUCCCCUGAGAAACACUACGAGCAACUUGUCGCCGGACAGAUUCUCUCCGUCGACGAUGUCCAAGCCGCUUUUAACAAUCUUCAACCUAUCAAGCCCGAGCGCUGCUCCGGAAAAUGGAACGGAGUCAUUGUGAACACAGGCCGCCCUACCGACGACAAACUCAUUUCCAUGAAGUGGGCUGGCAAGACAUUCCACUCAACAGAAGAUGUUGAUCCUGUCGAGGUUUACAAUGAAGACGGUGAGCGAGUUUUCAGCGAAGAGUGGGGACAUGCCCGGCUUCGCCAGGUAGAGUGGCAGGGAAAAAUUUCUACUGCAAUGGUCUAUGAUGACAAAGCUCUCAUUGAUCACCUCCGUUAUGUUAAGGAUGAUAUGAUUGCCGGUGCUAUGGAUGCGAAGUUUUUUGAUGGCAUAUAUUACUUUUACUUGUACAAGUGA